ACGGAACCAGACGCCACAGCCAGCCUUACCACCGAAUACCAGAAAGAGGGAGAAAUUUAGAAAAGGAAGGAAAGGGCUGCCAGAAAUCCGAACCCAGAAAGAAUAAUAUCACCAAAUCCAACUCCUGCUCCAAUCUAACUCCCAGUUCAAACAAACACGCAAUUAAGAAGAAAUCUUCAAAAUCAAUUCAAAAUUGUAUCUGCGGAACUCCAAAAUUUCGCAGAAAAAUCCAGGGGAAAGAAAGAAAUAAGAAAAGAAAAGGAGAAAGGGAAGAUGCUGCCAACUACAUCAAAGGGGCGGACGAGCUCCAAUGCCCGGCCCAAUUCUCCUUUCCCUCAUUAUCUCCGUAGAAUCGUCAAGUGGCAACAAAUGGACAUUGAAUAUACUUUCUGGCAAAUGCUACAUUUAUGCACCUCCCCAAAAGUGGUAUAUCAGCACACUAAAUAUCACAAGCAAACAAAGAAUCAAUGGGCACGUGAUGAUCCAGCAUUCGUAGUGAUAUGCAGUCUUCUUUUGGUAGUUUCCACCUCAGCUUAUUGUGCCGCGUAUGAUCAUAGUGUGGGACAUGCUGUUUAUGUAGUUAUGUCAGUGUUGCUUUUUCAUCUUUUGAUGACUGGUGCAAUUUUGGCUACAUGUUGCUGGUUCUUGACCAACAAUUAUCUUCGUGAAGAAGUUCCAAACAGUCAUGUGGUGGAGCAACGAGUGGAAUGGUUGUACGCAUUUGAUGUACACUGCAACUCUUUCUUCCCGAUGUUUGUUCUGCUAUAUGUCAUACACUAUUUUUUGUCACCUCUGCUGAUAGCUCAUGGUUUCAUUCCUGUUUUGCUAUCAAACUUGCUCUUCAUGGUGGCUGCUUCCUACUAUCACUACUUGAAUUUUUUGGGUUAUGAUGUACUGCCUUUCUUGGAAAGAACAACCUUCUUCCUAUACCCAAUUGGUGUCGUAAUUGUCCUCUCACCAAUCUUGAUUCUGAUUGGUUUCAAUCCGUCGAGAUAUGUCAUGAAUAUGUACUUCAGUCAGUUGGAAUAGCCACGCCUAACACUAAGAUGAUACAUGGGAGGAUCCAGCUACACACUGAGAAGCAUGAAACGGUUGAUUAGUUCAUUAACGACCCCCUUUGAGUGAAGACGGGAUUUCCCGAAGGAAGGUUCUGUAGUUCUCUGUUAAAGCCUCAUUCUGUUAAAGCGUGAAAAUUAUACUUCCAUCAAAAGGGCUCCUAAAUUGGUUGGAUGAGAAAAUUGAUGAAGUGAAGCUAUAUUCAUUUUCGCAAUUUUGCUCGUUCAUUAAAAUAUCAUCCUUAGUGGAUGCUGUAGCGCAUUUUUUUUGAUAAAAGUUCUUGUACAACAUCUGCGGAAAUAUAGAAUGCGUAUACUUUAGUUACAGAACUUGCACUCCGCUUGCUCCUUCAUUGUCAAGGACGGAAUCUCUUGCAUCGCUUCGACAAAAGUAACCAUCCUUCGAAUUCAUUAUA